UCUACCCACCCCUCUAUUUACUGGGACAAAAGGUCAAUCAGAACAAUAGGAUUGUAUCUCACCAGCCAACUCCAUCUUACAUAUUCUCGAUCACUUCUGCCAAUAUCCUGACAUAUCCAAUGUCACCCCUUAAUCCUUGUCUUGCUCAGAUGCGCUCGUAGACGCUUCACAUCGCCUACGCAUCCACCACAACUACUCUUGACAACCCGUCUUCACCAAAUGUCAAGUCGAUGAGGUUGUGUGUGAUCUGGAUCGGACGGAAAGGGGAGUUCAAUCUGCCCGACUCUAUCUGUCAAGAGGACACACACAAUAUCGAUGGCUUCUCCUUCUGAGGAGAGGCAAGCGGCCUCGGAGACUGCCUUUUCAAUAAUUGAAAAGCACGUAUGCUACCGGCCAGCGGAGGGCCAGGGCUGGAAGUCCAUGCCAGUGCUCCCAACUCCGCAGGAGGUGUUGGAGCCGACCAGCGUCGAUCCGCCAAUCAAUCCUGUGGAUCGGCCAUGGUCUUCCAAGGAGGAGUACCUCACUGCUCAGUAUAGCCUGCUAAGGUUGGAUGCCAUCGAAGGCCUGCGGUUCUCGGUCACGAGAUACGUUGAUACCUGCCGAACAGGCGCCAGAGUGAUUUUUGAUGAUGAAUACUGCAGCGUCUACGACGAGGUCCGGGUCAAAGGCUUUUUCAUGACCAAGAUUGCUCCGUUCUCCAGAGUUGAGUUCUCAACGCCGUACAAUGUACAGUGGAAAACAACGAAGCGCCUCAUGGAUGGAACCGUCGUGGCUCUGUCAACCAAGAAAGACAAGUUCCGGACCAUUUGCAAGAUCGCAACAGUGGCCCAGCGUCCGUACGCUGUUGGGAGAGAUUUCGAUUCGACGGUUGCGGUUGCGGUAGAUUUGAUCUGGGCAAAUCCAGAGGAUGCUGUUAUCGACCCAGCUCUGGAGAUGGUUAUGAUUGAGUCGCGGAAUGGAUACUACGAAGCAUCGCGUCACACGAUGCUGGGCCUUCAACAUGUCGCAGAAACCACAUCCGCGCUCGACAAGUAUAUCAUAGGUGCCCAUACCGCGGACACUGUGCCAGAGUUCAUCCGCACCAACCCCACCAUGGACUUAUCCUCUUUGGUUCCUGUGACGGCGAGCAAUGGCUCCCAGGCACUCCUCGAGGUGAAAGAGUCGCUCAAGAAUUACGAUAUCGUGAAGAAAGGCUUCCCCACUCUCGAGGACGUUGCAGUUCUGGACGAAUCCCAACUGGAUGGUCUCCAUCGUAUCAUCUCGAACGAGCUCGCCAUUGUACAGGGACCGCCGGGUACAGGCAAGACAUUUACCUCGGUUCAAGCUCUCAAGAUUCUGGUUGCCAACCGGCGGAAGCAUGGUGGCCCGCCUAUUAUCGUUGCAGCUCACACCAAUCACGCCCUCGACCAGCUGCUUACAUUCUGUCUGGAAUUCGAAGUCCUGCGGUUGGGCGGCUUCACAAAAAAUGAGGACAUCAAGAAGUGCACCGUCUUUGAGAGACAACGGGCCGAGAGAGGCGGUCGGCAGUCCGAUAUCAAGUCAAGAAACAACGAGAAGCGAAGGCUAGAGAAGCGACAGAAGGAGCUCAUUCAAGACCUCAAGAUCAUGCAACAAGAUGUUUUCGGCAAACGUCUAAUUGAUCCCGAUAGACUGCUGGAGGUUGGUGUCAUCACUCAAGAACAACACGACUCGUUGAAAAUCUUUUCCGGAUCAACCAACCCUCUUGCAUCCUCGACCGCCACUUUAGAGCCAUGGCUGGGUGAGAGCCUUGUUCGCAUGGAGAUUUUGCGCAGUGCCACCAAUACCAGGUUUGAGCUGAACGAGGACGAACUCUUCAGGCGUGAAGAGGAGUACAAGCUGGAUGAGAACGACUUGGUACAUGCUGUAAGUGAUCAGGAAGAGGAGCAACUGCGCAUCAAGGGGGAAUGGGUUCCGCUGGAGCAUGUCUGGUCAGCAAAAUCGGCAGCUGGCCUGUCAAGUUCGACUCGUGCUGCCCAGAGAAGCUUGAAGGAGGAGGACUUCUAUUCGAUCAAGAAAAGCAUCCGGGGCGAGGUUUACCGGCAUUUGCAGACUGAGUUGUUGAAGCAUACUACCCUGAAGUUUGCCAGCCUUCUUGAGCAAUACAACAACGUUUGCAAGCAGCUUAAGGCGCUGACUGAUUUGCAAAAGUGGGAAAUGGUCCAGAGACAGAAAAUCGACAUUGUUGGCUGUACCAUGACAGGUCUCGCCAAAUACCGUGGCAUCCUUGCGGCUCUUCAACCAAAGUCACUUCUGGUGGAGGAGGCGGCGGAAACUCGGGAGGUAGACAUUGUGUCUGCUUUAUAUCCAUCGAUCCAGCAGCUCAUCCUCAUUGGCGACCAUCAACAACUCCAGCCCAAAUGCAACAUCUUGUGGCUUGGUGCGCCUCCCUUCAACUUCACCGUUUCACUGUUUGAGAGGUUUGUGAACCUGAGGAUGCGAUAUACUAUGCUUCGCCAACAACGCCGUAUGAAACCGGAGCUGCGACGGAUCCUGGACCCAUUCUACCCUGGGCUACUCGACCAUCCUGUCGUUUUGUCCCCCGACAACCGUCUAGACAUCCCAGGAAUGGGCGACAAGUCCUCUUGGCUCUUCCACCACGAGUGGCCGGAAGAGACAAGCUCGGACUCGAGCAAGUUCAAUCGUGAAGAGGCCAGGAUGAUCACCCACUUUGCUUCCUAUCUUGUCAAGAAUGACACACCCCCGGCAAAUAUUACGAUUCUGACCUUUUACAAUGGCCAGCGCACGCUGUUGAACAAGAUCAAAGAGUACGACUACAAGAUUUCCACGGUGGACUCGUACCAAGGAGAGGAGAACGAUAUUGUGAUUCUGUCACUUGUUCGAAGCCCAGGAGAAUAUCGUCGAUGGAGGUGCGGGUUUUUGGAGGACAAACACCGUGCAGUAGUCGCAAUCAGUCGCGCUCGUCGAGGGUUUUAUGUUUUUGGAAACUUUCUGAAUGUUCUCAAUACGCGUUCAGCCCAGUCACUCUGGGCAGACAUCUGGAAUGGCUUUGCCCACCAGAAAAGGAUUGAAGAGGGCAUUCCCUUGACUUGCAAGGCCCAUCAGAAUGAAAUCUGGGUGAGGACGGUGGAUGACUGGGGUGACAAUGCCGGGGGGUGCGAUGAGCCAUGUGGACAGACACGGCCAUGUGGCCACCCAUGCACUCUCAAGUGCCAUCAGUAUAACUGAUCACAGCCGUCUACGUUGCAGUCAGCCCUGCCUCGAAAAGCUCCCCUGUGGACAUGGGUGUCAGAACUUCUGCAGUCAAGUUUGCGCUUGUGACUGCGCCGCCUUUCGAACUUUGUCCGCUGGCAUUGUGGCAGUUGGAAUAUCGAGACCAACCAGGACAUCGAUGUCUUUGGAGCAGCGAAUGCAGAGUAUUAGCGUUGAGGGGGUUGGCGAGUCUAGUAAGGUAGUGGUGCGAGGUUCGACUCAGGCAUCGACUGAAUGGCGACAAUUCCCUGCCAACGUUCAAUGUCAGGACGCCAAUCUGCACCGAGGAUGGGCCUCUCAAACUGCGCAGAAUGGUUCAACCUCCAUUGUUCGAGACACAUACCAGCAAACAACAAUGGUGAAUGGUCGUCGUUCCAACCUCGGCCCUCGAAACGUUCGUGCCAUUAAGGCGAGCAAGUCGUAUUGUCAGCCGCCUCGAGCUAAAGCAGCAUCGCCUACCAUAUCAGACACGGCCAGUUUCCAAAACAAUACAACCCAAGUUCCUGCCACCCAACAACAACUGAACACUGUGUUGAGCUCAGCCCCAGUGCCAGACCUACUUGGAGAUCUUGACGGUGUAGCCUUCUCUCAAUCUGUCAUGGUAAAUCGUGUUGCAGGAGAGGCGCCAGUUGUUGUGGGACAGGCAGCUCCGGAGGGCGAGGAGCUAUUGAUAGAGCUUUAAGUUGUCAUACCCAUAGUUAUCGCAGCCACUAUGUCAUGCUAUUACUCUUGUACUUAUAACAGUUCAUAGACAUUGUGUCUAUUACCAUUACUUCCUGACCUGGCAGUCUUCUGCCCGUAGUGACCCAA